ACGUGGACGAGUGUGUGAAGUCGGGUGUGUGUUUGGACGGUCGCUGUGUGAACACUGAAGGCUCGUUCCAGUGCCAAUGUCAAACCGGCUUCACCACCAACCCAGAGAGGACCGCCUGCCUCGAUGUCGAUGAGUGCGUCUCGUCCGGCGGCUCCGUGUGUCCGUCGCAGCGCUGCGAGAACACGAUCGGCUCGUACCGCUGCCUCACUUCCUGUGAGCCGGGCUACCAGGUCACGCCCACGGGCAGCUGUGUCGACGUGAAUGAAUGUGCCAAUCAGACGGUGUGUGGAGAACACGCCUUCUGCCAGAACCUGAUAGGAACCUACCUGUGUGUGUGUGACCAGGGCUUCACCUCCACCGCCGACAGGAAGGCGUGUGCCGACGAGGACGAGUGUGUGUCUCUGGCCGGUGUGUGCGGUUCUGCUCGCUGUGAGAACGUGGAGGGAUCCUUCAUGUGUGAAUGCGACAGACGGGGAUACGAGUUCGACCACGCCACCAGGCAGUGCGUCAGCACGCCGCCACAAGGUGACAGCAACC